AUGGAGUGGUCGAGCUUCAUUGGAACAUUGGGAGGAUUGCUGGGUCUCUACACUGGGAUGUCUUUUGUGUCUGUCCUGGAAAUGCUCGAGUGGAUCUUCGAUAUCGUCUUGUACGGUUGGAAGAAACCCCGACAUGACAAGAUGGGACCGAAACGGCGAGCUAUCAUUGCCUAUCUUUCCACACCUGAAGAGAGUCCACAGGAUGUAGGUUUCAAAUAG